CUCCGAAUAAAUUUGAUCAGAAAACAAGUUUAUCAGGAAAAAUGAAGAAUAAUUGUCCACUCUACCUCGCUUUGAUUAUUCUGAUUUCAACGACUAUUGAGCCAAAGCAUAUAGCAAGAAAGCAUGGUUAUCAAUCCAAGAGACUUCAUAUCCCUCAUAAAACUGUUAAGCCUAAUCUAGCCUCUAGAAACAAGAAACAUGAAAUUGUAACUCUAGCAGCACCACCGAGUGUUGGUGCCUUACUCCCCUCAGCACACCAUAUGACCUUGAUGCCUAACGGAGUACCCACAGCAUUUGGAGGAUACAUCCACCACUUAAUGCAUCGCCAUCCUCUGAACAUUCCUGUUUACCGUGGAUAUCAUGGUAUUUACCCUGUUCAUCUACCGCAACAUUACGGACCAAUUGGUCCCAUUGGGCACCGUCUCUUCUACAGACACGGUCCUCCUUUCCCACAUCGGUUUGUGCACAGUCCUUUGCGCCAACCUCUGAGGCAUACCUUGGGGUAUGGGUAUGAUUCCCGUUUUGGCCGUGGUCUCUGGUAUGGUUCACCUCUUGGACAUAUUCCAGCUGGUUAUGGAUACGGAUAUAACGGCUUUGGACACCGGGGCUUUCAACCACUAAGGGGCUGGUAUCCUUACUCAUUUGACCACAGCGUUGAUUUGCGUGGUGACAGUGGCCCAUCCACCAUGUUUGUCGAAAGAAGUUCAAUACCUGCAUCGAAGAGACCUGGACAGGGCAGAAAGGUUGAUGUUCGUCGGCUGCUUAAAACUUGGCGUAAAUUAAUACUAACAAAGCGAAUACCAAUAGUAUUUCCUUUCAGUCGGUCAAUUUUUCGCUCUCCGUUGAAACGCAAAGUUAUUCCAUUGGGCCUUCGUAUUCAACGUUUCAAGAUAAGCCUGACUCCGCUGAAAAGAAUGCUGAAGCAAUCCAAGGCGUAUAGCAAACUAUUAAGUUAUAAGAACAAAAAAGGAAAAUCCACCCGUGGGAAAACUGGGACAGCUACUAACAGCAAUAACAAUGUUACAUAAUAGUUAACAGGGUGCAUUUUUAAGUUACUGGGCGAGAAUAAGCUAAGUAUACUCACAGGCAAACCUGUGUCGAUAAUCGUAGUAAUCAUGUGAUUACGUUUAAUAUUACACUGUGGAAACAUCUUAGAACCAAAAAAAAACCGUUAGCCGUUAUGUUGAUUGUGCGAAAUGAAACAUUUCAUCUAUAUUUUUUCCAUUUG